CCUGUUGCCGAGCACGUGAACAGCGAGCGAGCGCACGCGGCGGCCCAGCCUCAAAUGCGCGGCCGAUUGUGUUUGCCCGCCGUGUGAGAGCUGCCUUUUUCUGGUGCCCAAGGAGCGGGGCAUGGAGGGGCGGCCUCUACGCUCCUUGCGUUGACCAAGGAGCCAAGGAGUCAGCGUCAGCCAGUCUCCUAUUGCCCUCGCCACCAGCUGGUCGGCGCGGAGAACGGAUGGCCGUUCGCAGGUCGCAGUCCGAUGGACAGACAGCAGGUGUUGACAUUUGGUUGACACUCAUCGCGUGGACAGCGGCUGCACACUUAUAGCCGGAGAGAUGUGGUGCCUGGUGAGCCAGCCCAACAACGUCGUCCUCGAGGUCGAGGUGGACGCCAAGGCCAAGGGUCAGCAGUGCCUCGAGAAGGUUUGCCAGUGCCUGGGAAUUGGCAAGGAGGAGGACUACUUUGGCCUCAAGUACCUAAGCCCCAAGGGCGAAGAGUUGUGGCUGAACCUGCGCAACCAAAUCGACCGUCAGGUGCCCGGACCGCCGUAUCGCUUCGCGCUCAGGGUCAAGUUCUGGGUGCCUCCACACCUCGUGCUCCACGAUGCCACAAGGCGGCAGUUUUUCCUUCAUGCGCGCCUUGAGCUGCUGGAGGGCCGUUUGCGAAUUCCUGCCGAGUGCGACACCCUGGCCAGGGUAAUCGCUCUUUUAGCCCAAGCAGAGCAACCUGAUGACGAUGACGUGCCCAGUUCCCUGCUCGGGCUGUGCGCUUCAGGGCCUGCCCACUUGGCCCAGAAAAUCGCUGCCGAGAAGAUAAAGAUCAAGGGCAUGAAACAGAGUGCCGCUGAGUACUGGUUGCUGAAAGAGGUUAGCAACUUUGACACAUUCGGCCAGGAAGUAUUUGGCGCCAGGAAUAGAGUCGGUGCCUCUAAAGUGGUCGGUGUUGGCCCUCAAGGUGUCGGCGUGUUAGAUGUUGAAUCCGGCCAGAUGACAAACAUUUUGUACACUGCAAUUCAAAGAGCCUCCUCAAUGCGUCGCUCUCUGCAUCUCGUACACCUAGAGGGGGCUGGGGAGUCGGUGACCAGGUUGGAGCUGAAGCUGGACUCUUCUCAGGCGGCGACCGGUCUGUACAGGUGCAUCACCGAGAAGCACGCCUUUUACAGCUGCGAAACAGUGCGCACUGCCGUCACAUCACAAUUCAUCAGAGAUCUCAAGGGCACAAUCGUAUCGAUUUUCAACGAAGACACCUCACUUGGGAAAAAGUAUGUGUUUGACAUUCGUCGCACAUGCCGCGAGGUGUAUGAUAACGCGCGCCGAGCCUUGUACCAGAGCGAAGGCACGUCGUCCAGCAGCAUGGAGGUAGAUGUGCCACCAGAGGAUGACAUCAUUGUCAACAACUCAUCCUCUGUUGCCUCAGAGAAGUGCUCCAGUCCUGGCUCUUGCUACAACAACAGCUGCAACAGCAAAUCUUGCAAGAAGUCUCAGGAGCAGCUAGCAGGAAUUAUGGAUGCGAUGCUGUGUUGCAUAUGCAUGGACAGCAAUAUUGACGUGGCCUUCUUCCCCUGUCGACAUGCAAUAUCAUGUGUUGGUUGUGCCUCUCGCUGUGAACGCUGUCCUCUAUGCAGAGCUGACAUUGCAGAGGCUACCCCUAUUUACUUACCCACACAACUCCAGGGCGCUGUCACCAUGAGAACGCAACUGGAAUAAUUGUCUUUAUCAGGAUUGCAAAAAGUGUGGUGAUGCAAGUAUGUUGCGCUUCCAAAGAGACAUGAAGAUCAUCACAGUAUUUCAUUCAGCAGAUUUGCAAUAAAGCAGGACAAUUUAAGUGACUAUGAUGUGGAUGAAAGAAUUUUUUAAUUUUGUGAGAAACAAUGCCAUAAUAUGUCAAUAAAUUUGCUCAGGUUCUAAUUAUGUAGCAUGAUUGGAAGUGGCUGUGAUCAAUCUGCUUGGAUGUUAAGAUGUGCGAGUUAAUGACCUUGUGAUUGUAACACUUGCUGUGAAUGAAGGACCGCAGUGAUUCAUGCAACCUAGUCAUUAAUUAGGUAAUUAAUACAUCCACAAAUAUAUAGCAAGAUGUUAAUUUAUUUUCAAUAAAAUCUUUCAUAUGGUCAAGAAA